CUUUACUAUGUUGUUGACUAAUUUAGGUAUAUAAUCACAAUAAUUGUCAAGUAAUUAUAAUUAAGGGUUAUAGUUUUUAGUAACUACUACAAAAAUUGAAAAUAUUUUUGUAAAUAGAAAUGGAUGAAAUUAACCUGGAUUUGUUGGAGAAGCGUAUAGAAGCUUUAGAACUGAAGGUGUUUCCUGCAGGUGAUCCCAGUGCUAUUGCCAACAAAAAUCAAACAAUAACAAACAUUCUUACACAAGUUCAGACCUUCGUUACCACAGCUCUCACUUGUAGAGAAACAAUAACGUCCAUGCUGCAGUGUUAUGGAACUUUAAAUGAAUAUCUCGACCCAGCUGGUGGUGCAGAUGAACUUGAGGUAGAAGCAAAAAGACAUUAUAUAUUGCAGUUACACCCUGAGAUCAAAGACACCCUACAGACCCAUACUCGAAUUUUGCAGAAUUUACUUCCAUAUGUAGAAUCAGAAAACAUUUCUAAAGUGGUUGAAAUGACUGCUCAAUUGGAAGAAGCAUCUGUUAGUCACCUCAAUUUGUAUGGAGAGUGGAGAGAUACAAUGUAUAAAAUGGUGGUUGCUCUUCAAAAUUUCACUGAUAUAAUGAGUUCAAUUAAAGUGUUGUUCUCCCAACUAGAUAAUACCUUAACAAGUCUGGAAUACUCACUUCAACCAAAAUUUGUUACAGAGGAAUAAUAUUAUAUUUACUGCUUAUUUAUAUAUUUCAUUGAUUAUUAAAAUUUUUUCUAUUUAA